UAUUUUUUUUCAUAACGCCGUCGAGCACGCUUUGAAUACGACCGUCUAUUAUAAUACCUGCAGUCGGACAGUUUAGCGGUCAGUUGCUACCUGCGAUAUCGUAUUGUUGUUAUUUUUUUUUUACAUAUAUUAUAAUAUUAUCGUAAUUAAUUAUAUUAUACCCGACAAUCAGGUGCGUGCGUACCACAACUAUCCUCAGUCGGCAGAGUCGCUCGAAAAAUUUACACCACUUUUCAGAUUGGCACCAGCUCCGGAUAACUAUAGCGCAGCAGUCGUACCAAUACAACCGUCAUGGGAUCGUACGUCACGUGGACGUUGGAGGCGUUGGCGUUUGCGAUUUUCGUCGUGUUCGCGGCGGUGGUGCCGUACGCUCGUCGAAAGCUCGACUACUGGACGAGGCGUGGGUUGCUGGCGGCGGCCGGUUACCGGUCAUUCGCCAGCACGCUGCCGGGCGUCCGGUUACAAGACAGGUCACUGCCCGGUCACCGGAACGACGCGAAGGCCGCGGGCGCCGCCGUGAUGGGUCUCUACGACGCCGGCCGGCCGACUGCGCUGGCGUGCGACAUCCAGGUGGUCGCGGCCGCGAUGGCCAACGACGGCUUUGCCGAGGUGGACACCAGAGGCGGACAAGAAAUGAGCCUCUUGCCGUCCGCGGUGGACGCGGGUGCAGUGAUCACAGUGUUGCCGACCAUGGGCGUGUGCGUGGCCGAGCUCAUCACGUCGCUGGAGGCCGUGGCCAACCGACGACUAACCAUCAUGCCGUGGACGGAAGUGAAAAAGUGCGCGACCACGGUGGUGGCCACUUGCGUUUACGGCCAGCCGAUGAUCGACUCGCGAAUCAAAGCGUUCGCGGAACAGUGUGACAAGGCGUUGUCGGGUGGUAGCGGUCGGCCGACGCUCACCGAUUAUUUUUCCUCGUACGAUUUGUCGUCCGACGGACGAGUGUCGACUUCCGAUUUCAAGAAGAUUUUACGGUCGGCCGCCGCAGAUAGCGACAAAAUUGAUGCAGAUGUUGCAGACAAACAAGUGAGAUUAGAUAUGUUCGAGUUCGUGACGGGCACUAUAGAACAGACGGCGGCACUAGUAACGGGUGCGCUGUACGAGUUAGCCAACGACCAAGAUAUCCAAAAUCAUCUCAGAGAGCACUUGGACGGCGUACUGAGUGAGCAUCAGGAACAAGUAACAAUCGACCAGCUGGAUAGAUUACCGUACUUGGACAAUGUGUUAAAAGAAACUUUGCGGAAGUACCCGCUGGCGACCGCCGUGCGCCGCGUGGCCACCAAACCGUACGUUGUGCCCGGCACCGGUGGCCGCGGAACCAUCGAACCGGAUUCGCUGAUCGUAGUUCCGGUGCACGCGCUUCACCACGACGCCGAACACUUUCCCGAGCCGGAAAAGUUCCAGCCACAACGGUUUCCCGGACAACUGUCGUCUGCGUAUAUGCCACACGGCAGCGGACCCCAGUCCUAUAUCGGCAAACAUUUCGUGGAGCUGGAAGCCAAGCUCGUCCUCGCCAUGCUGGUGUCCCGGUACGAAGUGAUCGUGGACAGCACCAAGCCCGGUACGUCACCAGACCCGUUGGAGCCGAGAUCGUUCGGGGGCGUCCGCAUGACGAUAGCCAACCGGAGCGGCGUCAGGGAGUCUACGAUGUGCGCCUCUCUGCGGCGGUUCCAUAUGGGCGACAACGAGAACGCCGGCGACCGGAAAUUCCUGUUUUUCUAAAAGCGUCGUCGCACCGGGACGAUAGGAGGAGGAGGAGGAGGAGGAGGAGGAGGAGGAGCUGCUCGAUGUAAUAUUAUUAUUAUUAUUAUUAUU